CGGUAAUGCACAUAUGAGCUGUUUGCCAACCGCCAUAAAACCAAGGAAGAAGAAUAAGAGAGCUUACGUAGGGUCAUCCCGGAAGUACAUCUUACGUCUACCGAUGGGGAGAUGUUUUCCCCGCUCCAAAAGGCACCAACUGUUUGAUUAAACUCAUUUUCACUCUUUUAUUGAGCUGAAACCACUUAAAGACAAGAUGUCGUUCCCCUCCGCUUUCGGUACGCAGAUCGCGGCUAUCAUGGACGUGCUGGCUAACGCCGCGGUGGCAGAAAUAACGAAACUAGUGGAGGACGGGGCCGUGGUUCUGCGUUUGGAGAUCUGUCGGAGGGACAGUGAGAUCGAAGAGCUCAAGAGAAGUUUAGAGAGGAUGGAGGCUGAACUUUGCAAAACUCGAGAAUCAGUAAAGAUCCGAGCUACAGAAGAAAAACAGCAGCAAACAGACAGAGCGGUCCAGGUGCUGCUUGAAGGUGAGAAAUAACACGGAGGUAUGAAGGACUAAAAAUGCAGAACCAAACUUCAUUUAAAAAUCUUGGAAUUUAUAAAUAACUCUCUUUUACACAAACUGUCCUGCUAGAUAAACUAAAACUAUAGAUGUUUAAUAUUUAUUUAUAGUCCUCUGUUUAUUUCGGGCUAUAAUACGCUGUACUGCACCUUUUAUUAUAUUAUGAAACGACAAGAUUUGAACCGUUACACUUUCAAUGCACCGGACGCAAGGACGUAAAAUGUGGAACCAAACUUAAUUUAAAAAUCUUAAAAUUUAGAAAUAACUCUCUUUUACAUAUCUCGACCUGCUACAUAAACUAAAACUAUAGAUGUGUAACAUUUAUUUAUAGUGCUCUGUGUAUUUUGGGCUAUAAUACGGUGUACUUCAACUUUAUUAUGGACUACAGCGGGGUGACGCAGCUCAAGGAAGAACAUUUAUGAUCAUUUCUAUAUUAUUUCCACAAGGUAAUAAUCGUCUCGGUCUAAUUGUACUGCCAUGAAGAAAUAAUCAUAAAUGUUCUUCUUUGAGCUGCGUCACCCCGCUGUAGUACGUAAUAGACUGGUCUGAGGUCGCGCUACAAGUAAGCAGCUGCUGGAAGAGAGUAGGUGAGUUGUGUUUAGUCUAUUAGCCAAAGAAAUUAGAAAAGGCUAAAAAGAUGUUUAGUCACUAGUGCUGUGGCAAGGACCCUAUAUGUACUGCUGAUGAAGUUAGUUGCUGUUCUGAACAUUAUUUGUGGCUAUAGAGUGGCGUUUUGGUUGAGAUUUUUUUUUAUGGCUCCUCAGACCGCUACGUAUUGCUAUUAAGCGGUCGUUACUAAAGUUGGUAUAACUAAAGGAGCAAGCUGUCGGCAACAUUCAUCUCUCCAGGGGGUGUCUUAAUCGGUGUUACGGUGUGUUUGACCAUAAAUUAAUUUUACACCAGAAUAUCCCUUUAAGGCUCUGAGGGUCACAGUCAUUUAGUAAUAGUUUUCAACUUGGUUUCUCUUAAACCAGGCAGAUUCAAACAUGUAUUUUGUGUUCUUCUUCCAAUAAAAUAGAUGACCAGGAAACGUUUGCAGCGUACAUGGAACCAGAGGCAGCUGAUCCCCUCCAUGAGCCUCGUGGGGAUGAGGAGAGCCAUGACAUUAAGGCAGCCGUGAAGCAAGAGCCAGCAGCUGAACUUGCUGCUCAAGAACAAACAAACAACGCAGUGACAGAAGAUAUUUGUUUUGAGAGGGAUGAACUGAUCUGGCCUCCUUCUGCUCUUCGCUUGUUUGAUAAUAACUCUGACGCCCUGCAGGAGCAAACACAGAUAUUUUCACCCCAACCUGAGCAUACAAAGAAAACUUACGCAGGGGAGAUCUCUGUUGAUUCCUCAAGUGUGCCGAUAAAAGAUGAGCUAGAGAGCCGACCUGUGUGCUCAGAAGGUUCCCCCGUAGAGAUUGUUCAAAAGGAACUGUUCAGACAUAUUUCAAACCCUGUUCAUCAGCCUGUUUCACAGCAAGCCGGGCCGUCUUUAAGCUUUCCUCAUGCUCAGAGACAAACUCUCAACAGGUUCGGACAAAACACAGAAGAUCACAUCCUCAGCAGAAAGUUCCAGAGAGUGAAAAGAAUAACCCCUGUUCCAAGAGCGAAUCAGAAACUGUUCAUCUGCUCAAUCUGUACCAAAGGUUUCCCCCGUUUGUCUCAGCUAGAGGCACACAAAGCCACGCACCAAACUCUGAAACCUUACAGGUGCCUCGAGUGCGGGAAGUCUUUCACCCAAAAACGCCGGCUUCAGACGCACCAGAGCGUGCACACAGGAGAGAAACCGUUCAGCUGCAAAAUUUGUGGCAAAAUGUUUUCCAGGCCGGACAACUGCAGGAGACACGAGCGCUUCCACAGUGGACUGAAGCCGCACAGCUGUGGGGAGUGUGGGAAAAACUUUACUGUGUUGGGAAACCUGAAAAUGCAUCAAGAGAUUCACAGGAAAGGGAGGUAGCACUCAGGCGCUCUGAGUUACAAACUUUGUUUUUUUAGAGAAGUUGCACUUUUAAAAAUCUGACUUUUUAAAGCACAAAAUGUCCGACAAUGUAACGAGAGGACAUGGUUUGUUACAAGUGUUGGUUUGCUAUCUUAGCCUGUUUUUAGAUUUUCUAAACAGGAGCUUAAUUUAUCAUGAAGGGCUGUAAUGUGUGUCUGUUUAUUUAUAACAUUUACCAUUCAAAGUCAUGGUUGACGAUCUGAGAAGCAGUUGAGAAAAACUGAGCCGUUGAGGCAGAUUUGACAAAAGCGUCCCACCCCUCCCACACACACAAACCUCUCCCCUCUGUGCUCCACGAUAACCCCCCCACCCAACCUGUAUCGGCCUCCCCAUGAAACACCCCCUCUGGCACAGCAAGAGGCCGGCUGGCUGAAGAUCCUACGCUAGCUUCAAAUAGGAUUCACCAUGUCAGAUUGCUAGUGACUAGCGGCAGUAAAUGCCAGCUCUGCUAGCGAGCACCAUCUGCAGCUGCCUGGACAGCUACCGUGUUGACAUUGCAGAGACUAUUAAGGGUUAUUUAUGUAACGUGCCACGAUAAAAGGCGAUAAAAAUGACCUAUUCAACAAAACUCUGCUCUGCUCGGCCUCUGUUUUCAGACCUAAAUCCUGGCGGAGUCUUCUCCACCGCUCGAAGGAUGACCCAAUGUUUAUACAGCUCCUGUAGCUAAGCUUCUACGCUACUUUUAGCCGCUCAGAGCUCCGAGGAGGAUCGGGAGGGUGGGAGGGGACGAGUCGGAACUACAGGAGAAGGAUGUGUCGAAUACAGCGAGGUGAUUGGAUAGAGAGGCGGAGCAGGAGAUUGACCAAUAGGAGCUGUCCAGGACGGACGGCUCUCAUUGGUCAAUGUUUUUGUAGCCCUGUACCUGCUAGGAUGAACUGAUUUUUCCCAUUCUUCUUUCUCUUCACUUUGUGGAGAUCACACUAAAGGACCAUGAUCGCCAUAGAAACGAGGUUCAUAAUAAUCACCAAUCUCUCCAAUCGUCAACCAUGACUUUAAGCUGUUGUCUUUACAUUUGAUUAAAGAGGCUGAUUGACGAGUGAAGACCUAUAUAAUGUGACACGGACCCCUGCACUAAUUUCAGGCAUUAAAAAGUACAUUGUAAGAAUCCUCAAUCCUGUCAGUAAUGGUUUUUUUGCUUUCGUGUAUCAUAAAAAAAUUAUGUAUGUGAAUUUUAGUCUCUUUCAUUGAUGUCAAAAAAUCUCCACAGGAGCUUUAAGUCAUGUCGUCGAGUCACUUUGUAAGCCUGUGUUAUUUGUGGUUAUAAAAUCAUGUCCACAGCGCUCA